GCACUGCACGCUUUUCUCGCGCGUCCAUGGGAAGCCUAACACGAAUCCAUAUUCCAACUGGACAUGCCGUUUUCUAAGAACAUUGUAAACCAUUAAAAAAUCGCUUUUUCUCUCUAAAACAGAAGCCUGCUUGUGCUUCUAGCAAAGCGAGGGGCAGCUCCGGACCGAUUUGCAGGUGUCACGGUCCAGCAAGAGCCAAAGAAGAGUUACUUCAGCCAUUUGGAGGCAAGCUCGCCGCAGCGAGCAGCUCAGGUCUGAUAGCUGCACUGGAUCGCUGAUUGAGGUCCCCUCUAAAUUAUAAUACUGAAAACAAUGGCAACAGAAUGUAUAAAAACCUGCUGUAAAUUGUGUUUCUGCAUGGACAAGGAAAAAAAUGAUCCAGUUUCCAUGGUGCAGGAAUGUGAAGCAGUAGCUGCAAGCAAGCCAACUAUUGUAGAGCAGCCUCCAUUGUCUUCUGUGUCAGUGAAGCGUCAAGUUGGCUGUUCUGAGGAUUAUUUGCUUUCUAAACUGCCCCUGGAUGGUCAGGAGGUACCAUUUGUGGUCCCUCCAUUCAAACUGGCUUAUGUACAGCCAAAGAACCGUCCCAGUAUCUCACAUGCUGGAGGGAUUAAAGAGUCAGCCAUAGCCUCGUUUGGUGAGCGGAAGGCAGAGCUGCACGGCGUGUACCAGUGGCCCGGCUGUGACGUGUACAACCCCUUCUACCUGGAGCAUCAUGUUUCACCAGAUCUCGUCAGGCGCUUCCAAGCAAAAUCAAAUAGUAGGAAAUUGUAUGGAUCAGUUAGUGAUUUAAGGCCCAGUGCUUUGCCUGGAUCCCUUGAUGUAAGCCGUUCGAUGUUUGACCUCAGGAGCCCACCUCACCGAUUCAUGAAGAGAUAUGAUUCAGUCUCCAGUGUACCUAGCAGUUCCUCUUCCAGGAAGGAUUCACAGGGCAGUAACAGGAGUCUGGAUACUAUUACAUUAUCAGGUGAUGAACAAGACUUUGGAAGACUGAAUGUGAAGUUGUGUUAUGUUUCUUCUGUAGAACAGAUUUGGAUCACGGUUUUACAUUGCAAAGACCUGAACUGGCCUUCUAGCUGUGGGGAAAAUCCUCGUAUCUGUGUCAAGGGAAUUCUCACAUUGCCCAAGCCAGUGCAUUUCAAAUCUUCUGCCAAGGAGGGCUGCAAUGACAUUGAAUUUAUGGAAACUUUUGUUUUUGCCAUUAAACUGCAAAGCCUGCAGGCUGUCAGAUUGGUAUUUAAAAUCCAGACACAGACUCCCAGGAAAAAAACUAUUGGAGAAUGUUCCUUGGCACUGCGGGAGCUGAGCUCACAGGAGUCCAAUCAUUGGCUGGAUAUAUCUCCUCCUUCCAAAGCACCUGUGUGCCGUGCAGAACUUCAAAUAGGAACUUGUUUUCAAGCAAUAAACAGGAGGAUACAGUUACAGAUUCUUGAAGCACAAAACCUUCCUGUUUCAUCCAGGCCACUGACUUCAAAUUUCUUUGUGAAAGUUGGAAUGUUUAGUACAGAAGGGAUCAUCUAUAAAAAGAAGACUCGCCUUCUGAAGUCCACUAAUGGCCAAGUGAAGUGGGGAGAAAUGAUGUUUUUUCCAGUUAGCCAAGCAGAACAAGGAAUUAGCUUUCUCAUCAAGCUCUACAGCAAAAGCUCAGUGAGAAGAAAACACUUCCUAGGACAGAUCUGGUUAAGUUCUGAUAGCAGCAACAGUGAAGCAGUAGAGCAGUGGAAAGAUACCAUUGCAAAUCCUGAAAAAGUUGUUGUUAAAUGGUACAGCAUUGGCGCAUCUUGAAGACUGGAGAUGAAAUUCAGAACUGAUUUUUCUACAGAAAUUCAUAUGCUAUCUAAAAUAGUAUAAAUUAAAAAUAAAGAUAUUAUCUAUGCAAGUUCUUCAGAAGUUCUCCACUGCAUCAUGCCUCUGUGGAAACGGAAAAUUCAGUUUCACCAAGAGAAAUACUGGCUAAAUACUACUAAAAAGAAGACUUGGGAACUAGAAAAAGUGCUUGUUUGAUUUCACAAAAUCUGUCUUGAAAAAAAUAUGUUUGCCCCUUUUGGAUUUCAUAAAAGCACAGAAAUUCAGUUUUGGGGAGAAGCAGCUUGAAUCAACUCUGUUUCACUAGCCACUGACAACAUGCUCAUCUGCAUUGUUGUCUUUGGCAGACUCCAAAGUCCAGGGAAUGGGUCAUGUCAGUGGCUUGAUUCUGAACACCUGUGAGCAUCUGGGAUUGUUGGCACCAUUUGAUCAGAAUAACGUGUGCCUGAGCAAAUGGGGAAGCUGUGGCAGCAGGAGAAGGUAUAAAGGGAAGUACACAAUAAGGCAGUACCCGUAGGCUUUUAUAAUCUCCACUUUGGAUGAAGGGUUGUUCAGAAGGCUGUAGCUUGAGCUUGCCCCCAUCCUUUUCUCAAAACAGAGGGAUGGAAAGAUAAAAGUUCCUCUGACUUAGUGAUCUUUACAAGAGGGGCUCUCCAAACUUGUUCUGUUUGGUUAAAUUCUGGCUGGAAUCAAUGGAAUAGUACAAGGAGGCAAGGAACCUGCUAGGAUCAGAUCCAGUAUUUUUAGAUUGCUUUCUUACAUAGAAUACUUAUAUGUAAACCACUUCCUAUCUAGUCAACAAGGUCUAGCAUUUGCUUACAUUGCCAAAACAAAGGCUAACAUGUACAAAGGAGUAAGCAAAGAUUUACUGACUUAUGUACUUUUUGAUAUCAAUUAAAAUGCAGCACUGUAAGGGAUUCAGACUUUUUAAAGGAUGGGCUGCUACUGCAGAAGUAUUUGCUACAUGUCUAGGAUGCUAAAAAAUUAUGUGUGGGAGUAUAUUUUUAUUACUUGUUUCUAGUAAGAAGAAAUAAACAUUUUUUUAUUGCAAAUUGUAUUUUUCCAACAAACCCCUAAGAUUAUAUAUUCUGUUAGUUCCCAUAUUUUCAGGUGUUUAUUUACAGUUAUUUUUAAGGGGGGAAAAUACCAAGUAUAUAAUUAAUAAUGUAUAAAUCUAAAAGUACAAACCUCUUAGCACUACUUCAACUACCUGAUUAAAAAAUACAUACUUAUUUCAUUAACUCCACUGCUUACAUAUGUAUUGUUGGCUGUCUGGACUGUACAAAUAUGUGUGUUGGUAUAGAUGGUGAAUAUAUCUACCUGUCUUCAUAACUUGGAUCUAAUUCCACCAUCUGAGAGGAACUAGAGUGGCAGUGACAUUACUCGCUGCUGGAAGGCAAAAGAACAUGGGGAGCAGAGAAAAUGCUGUUACAGGAAAGCACAUCCUUGUCAAGCAUACAGCUCAGAGCAUCUUUACUUCAAUUUUUUUUUCUUUGAGUGUCAGGAAAAAAUAGAAUCGCUUAGAAUUUUUUUUCAUCACUUGAUAAUUGAAACUUUCAAAACUUCAACCAUCCAGUUUGUUGUUGAAAUUAAUUAUUUUGAAAACAGAAGGAUUUUUACAGACUUGUACAUAUUAUGCUUUUCAGCCAGUCAUUACAAAAGAACUGAAAAAAGGUUUUGCAUAUUAGUUGAGAAGAAACAUUGGUUCUAGCUCUUACUCUUUGGAAAGCUCCCAGGAGGCCCAGAGGAUCUUGACUGACACUGAUAAUUUUCAACCAGUUAAAACAGUUGGGAGGAGCCUGGCCUGCUGGGAAAAAUGAAAAAAUGAAGUGGGCUGAACUGAUAUUUUUGGAGUAUCUUUAUUUGAAUACAUGGAUCUUUUUUAUUCAUUGUGGCUGAACAUUUUAUUCAUUGUGGCAAUAAACAAAAGUGCAAACUAACUGUUUCCUGAUGCAGAAUGCUAUUCUGUUUAAAAGAGAGGACGGGGAAUAUCCCAGUGUUUUGUAGACUUCAAUUACCAGAGCAGUGGUUCUACAGAGUUUGCCAACUCAGUGGAUGCUGUAUAAAAAGGAUUUCUGGGACUGUUUUAGGACACUUACCCUUCUAAAGGCCUAACUAGUCCGUUUUUUGCUAUGCUAAUAUUUAAUCUAUAUGUUUAUAAUAAAAUCUAUGAACAGCAAAUAUUAAUUUCCCCAAUUGUUUAUACUAAUGUUUAGCAGCAUCUCAAAGUCAAGUUUAAUUCCUACUUUUUUCUCUGAGAAAAUGCCAGCUAACAAACCCUGUUCUGUGCAGUGCUGUCUGUAGGGGGACUGCUGACACACGGGGGAGAUCCAUAAGGCUUCUCUCUGCAAGAUGCACACAGAUCCUGCAGCACUCUGAAGAGCUGCUCUGAGGCACCGCCUCAUCCUGUGCUCAUUCCCAAAAUGUUCUGCAUUUUUGUGCCUUCAGCUAAGAGUUCAAUGAAUUAAUAGUUGACAUGCAAGAAGGAAAUAAGAGGUGUCCUGGGACACCCUUCUGUUGGUCACAGCUGUAUGUUGUCCCUCUAAAGCAUCCUCAGACACUAUUUUGAUUGUGACAUCCAAGUUUACUGUCAUUGAAAAUACUGUUAAAGCUAUUUUGUCAUUCACUUUAUUUGUAGAUAAAAGGCACACAUGGUUUAUAGUUGGAUUUGCUCUUGCUUCUAGUCAGUGACUCACCCAGUUUCCUAACCUAAAACAAUCCUUAUUAAAGAAGCAGAGGCUCAGAGAUGCACCAGUUUUAUUUUGAUCAGCUCCCAAAUGGAUGUGGAUGAACUGGAAGAACAAUUAUGAUCUUAUAUUAAAUAUUAUUCAUACAGAGAUCUGUGCCUGCAUAGUUAGAAACCAACUAUAGACUAAACUUGAUCAGAUUUUCCAAAAAGUAUAUGUAUAAUUUCACUGGUUGAUCAAACAAUCCUGUUUUAUUUAUUUAUAACUAAUAGCAUUCUGUGUGUAAACAAGGUCAAACAAUUUAUUUUUCAAGUUUUUAUGUCUCAGUGACACACCAUGGCAUUCUUUUUAAGGAAAAAAAAAAAGUGAGAUUUUACCACAGAAGAUGAGUGGAUAUAGCAGUUUGUAAACCACAUUAUCAUACAACAUUACUUGGAAAAGAAUUGUAUUUGAGCAUCUGAUCUUAUGUGAUCACAACAUAAAUAGGGCCAUGUUGUUAGGCAUCUCCAUUAGGCAUCUCUGUUUUUUCCUUUUGUUGGCAGAACAUCUGUAUAAAACAAAAGGUGAUUUUGUAAGCAUUCAAUUAAGUACAUAUGCUGUUUGACUCCAAAAUUGUUUGCCUGAUGAAAGUUCCCUUUAGAGUUAUGAGUUGAUUUUGAAGCCAAAACAUAAGCUUGUCUAGAAGUUUGGAGCAGGGUUGUCCCACAUCUUAAUUUCAUCUUGCCAAUAUAUAUAUGACAUGGCUGCAUAGUUGUGGAAUAUACCCUCUUUGUUUUUCCAGCUUCUGCUGCAAAAUUACAUCACCAUGUAAAUACAGCCCUGUACAUGAUCUCAUGCUUGGUGCAUGGAAAAAGCCAUCACUAAAAUCAGCACCAUGUUUCACAAACACUCCUCCAGCACAUGUACAUUCUUUUCUCCAGCCUGCACUGAGGAACAGGCCAUUGGCUUGCAGGCCAUGGCAGAACUCCCACUGUGCUCAGCAGAAGCAACCAGUCUUCAAAGCUGGUUUAGUGAUGGUAUGAUUUAUCUAAAAAAAAGGUUACACACAGCUUUUUUUUUUUUUAAUGUUUUUAAAAUAAAUGAAAAUCUCUCCACAUUGAUGUUUCUGUAGAAAAUUAAUUUCACGAAAGUGGAUCUGCAUAUCUUAAUGUAAUGCAAUUCUUCCCAUAGAUUUCAGAAUCUUUAAAAUAAAUCCUCUGUGCUUAUUCUUCCCCCAUAUUUGAGUGUGCAAUUUUUUGCUUCCUUCGAUUUGGCUGUAGGCUCUCUUCUCCCUCAGCAUAAACAAGUCUGUAAACAAGUCUCCUUUUUGCAAUUAACUUUCUGCAUUUCUAGUAAUGUUUCCCCCGUCUUUACCUAGUACUGGGACCAGCAUUAUACAUGUGUAAUUUGCUGUUUAAAGAACUAGCUAUAAGCAGAAGACUUUCAUCCUAGGGCUUGGCUUCUGUCUGGUGCUUUUCAUGUCUGAGCUACCUUUGUUCACAGCUUCAAUGUUAUGGUUCUUUUGGUGCUCCCCAAAUUUCUGUGUUCUCUGCCUCCAUUGAAUAAAACAAUGGGACAAAUUAGUUGUAAUUUUUCAUGUGCAUCUGGGUAUCUUCAUUUGCCGUUUUCCUCCUCCAAAAAUUACCGUAGGAAAUAAUUUUGUGUGAUGAGAAGGAGCAAACUGUUUGUGCUUCUGACCUUUGAGGACAGUAGUGUUGUUUGACUGCCACUGCAGUGCUUUGAGACAGAGGGGGGCUCAAGGAAAAGUCAUUAAAAGCUGCAUUCCAGGUGGAGGGAGGCCUGCACCCCCUUCAUGUAUGUUCUGGGAAACCCUCAUUAGGGAUCCCUUGUCAGAUACAUAUUGUAUUUUUUAUCCUUGUCUUUAUCCUUGCAAAAUUUUCUGGAGCUAUGUAGUGGCUAAAUAGAGACAUUUUCCAUAGGAGGAAUGAUACGGUUCAUAUAUUUCUAUGAAGCAAAGAAUUGGCUAAAAGGUCUUGGAGGUCUUUGAAAAAAACAGUCAUAGGAAUGUAAUUCUUAGUUUUAAUAUAGCCAAGCUUUGUCACUUGUAGGAGAGGAGUGGAUUCUUGCUUUGUGAAACACAGCAGAAGAAAAGGGCACAUACGCCCCAAAACAGGGCUGGCUUUUCUUUGCAUUGGUAUCAUUAGUCCUUUCAACACAGAGGUGGAACUAUAUAUGCUUAUCUGUCUCUUUUCCUGCAGUAAGGGCAAGUUGGGUUGGGAAUUGUUGAAAGUGAGGUAGUGAAAGAGGUAAAAUAAAAGCAGUGCUUUUGUUUUGAAAAACAUUGCUUUUCAAAGCAAUGUAACGUGCCUGUAACUAUUGACAGAGCUUUUAUUUGACAUAGCUAAAGAUAGAUGCUUACGCAUUUAGGUAUUUGCUUAGGUUCUGCCAAUAUUUCCUGGCAUGAGACUGGAUUCAUCCUUUAUUUAUAUAACGCUUUAUUCUGCUGUGUUCAUUGACCUUUGAGCUCUAGACCUAAUUAUGCCUGAUUUCCUAUGAUUUCAUCCCUCAUGGCUGAUUGACUUUGGUGGGCAGAAAGGAGUAGACUUCUGCCAUCUUUUUGCUGCACAUCACAUAUUACAGAGUUUCUGUCUCUGAUGGAUUCUCUCAUUUCUAAUACGAGGUGAGCCUAUGGCAGUUAUUCUUUCACCUGGGAAACUGGGAACUGGUCUCCCUUUUCUACCUGAAUCUUCUUGGGUUUUCUUAAAUCCUUUGAAGACAGAACUAUCUGUGACAUCCCUGCCAUCAGUUAAAUUUGGCUGCAAUAAAUAAUGGGCUCAAAAAUUAUUUGGGACCUUGGAAGAGAAAUGAGUGAAAGCAAGCUCUGCUGCUUCAGGACCCUGAGGCUUAGCUGUGAUUUCCUCUGUUCUGCUGCAGGCCAGAGAAGCUUUUCAGAUCAGUGCUGAUCAUGAUUCCAGCAAUACUAGUUCUCAAGGCAGCUUAAUCAGUCUCUCUAAAGAUACAUUUCUUAAAGCAUGGACAUUUUCUCAAAGCAUGUCCCUCUGUAUGAACAGAUCAAAGCACCAGUACAAGCAUAUGAGCCAUGCCAGCUGCAUCAACACUUCAGUAGGAAUUUUGGCAGUAAAAGCCAUGAAUACAGUAUUCAUGUAUAGAUCCUCAGGUGGUGCAAUGUAAACUGGACUGUGCAUUGGUAGAUCCAAGCCAGCUCAUCUUAUCUGAGAUCUGGACAUGCAAGCCAAAGAAACUACAAUCUUCUGCUGAAAAAGUAAGAUUGUGACUGUUCUGUUCAUCUCUUGGAAAGCUUCAGCAGGGUGUAUCAAAAUCUCAGAAGUAAGUGUACAGGGCUCGAAAUACAUUUUCAGCAGCUCACAUGAAAAUGGGAAAAAAGAAUCCUCACCUGCAAUCUGGACUGAUGCAGAGUUACUCUACUCUGUUACUCUAGAGAGCCAUGAUUUACGUUCUAAGUUUUUGUGCUUCCUGAUUAGAAAUAGAGCUUCAUGAUCAACAA